UGCAGUUCAACGGUUAGGGUUAUUUCAUUUAAUUUAUUUUAAUAUUGGGAAGAGGAGUUUGAAAAUUUUAUAUAUAUUUUUUUUGCUUAAUUAAGGUUUAAUUAACGGCUUCAUCAUGGGGGACAUGUUUCGCAGUGAGAAAAUGUCCUUAUGCCAAAUCUUCCUGCAACCGGAAGCGGCUUAUGCCUCUUUGGCUCAGCUGGGAGAGAGUGGCUGUGUACAAUUUCGUGAUAUGAACGAAGGUACAACAUCGUAUCAACGCAAAUACGUUUCAGAAGUAAGACGCUGUGAUGAAUUGGAGCGUAAAAUACGUUUUGUAGAAAAUGAAAUCAAAAAAGAUGAUCUAAAAAUGCCCGAACUAAGAGAGAUACCACCGGCACCCAAACCGCGAGAAAUAAACGAUUUAGAGGCUCAUUUGGAAAAGUGUGAAAAGGAAAUAACGGAAUUAUCACAAAACGAUGUAAAUCUUAAGUCGAACUUUUUGGAAUUAACCGAAAUGUUAAGGGUUUUAGAGAAAACGCAGGGAUUCUUUGCCGAACAGGCUGUCGUGAAUAUGGAGUUGAAUAAACAAAAUGACAGUCAUCAUCACGAAGCCGGUGGUCAUUUGGGUUUUGUGGCUGGUGUAGUGAGUCGCGAAAGAGAGUAUGCAUUUGAGCGUAUGCUGUGGCGUGUGGCACGUGGUAAUGCCUAUGUUAAGCGUGCUCCCUUGGAAGAGUCCCUAAAAGAUCCCAAAACUGGCAAUGUUAUGUAUAAGACAGUGUUUGUGGUAUUUUUCCAGGGUGAACAAUUGAGAAGUAGAGUAAAGAAGGUAUGUACUGGAUUUCAUGCCUCCAUGUAUCCCUGUCCCAAUGAGCAUGAAGAACGUGAGGAAAUGAUUCGUGGUUUGCGCACCAGAAUCGAAGAUUUGAAAGUGGUUUUAAAGCAGACCGAAGAUCAACGUACUUGUGUUUUGGUGGCGGUCUCUAAACAACUGGCUGCCUGGGAGGUUAUGGUUAAGAAAAUGAAGGCUAUCUAUCACACCUUGAAUAUGUUGAGUCAAGAUGUGACCAGCAAAUGUUUGAUUGGUGAAUGUUGGGUUCCUACCCGUGAUCUCGACAAUGUGCAGGCUUGUUUAGCGGAGGGUUCUGCUGUGGUGGGCAGUACAGUACCUUCUUUUCUAAAUGUGGUAGAGACCAAUGAUCCUCCACCCACCUACAAUCGCACUAAUAAAUUUACCAGAGGUUUCCAAAACCUUAUAGAUGCCUAUGGUGUGGCCACUUAUCGUGAAGCUAACCCCGCUCUAUACACUUGCAUUACCUUUCCCUUUCUAUUCGCUGUGAUGUUUGGUGAUAUGGGUCACGGUUUCAUAUUAUUUCUCUUCGGUGCCUGGAUGGUUAUAUGGGAAAAAUCCUUGGGUCGCAAGAAGGGCGGAGAAAUUUGGAAUAUUUUCUUUAGCGGUCGUUAUAUUAUAUUGCUUAUGGGUAUUUUUGCUGUCUACACCGGUUUUACCUACAAUGAUUGCUUCUCCAAAUCCUUUAAUGUAUUUGGUUCGACCUGGCGUGUGCGUUACAAUAGAACUACCGUAUUAACGAAUGCUGAAGGUCUUACUUUAGAUCCCACUUUUGCUACCACCGGGGUUUAUGUUUGGGGUAUGGAUCCUAUUUGGCAGUUGGCAGAUAACAAGAUUAUCUUCUUGAAUACCUAUAAAAUGAAACUGUCCAUUAUUUUUGGUGUCCUGCAUAUGGUAUUUGGUGUUUGUAUGUCGGUGGUGAAUUUUGUGUACUUUAAACGUUAUGCCAGCAUUUUGUUGGAAUUUUUACCACAAAUCAUAUUCCUUUUGCUGUUAUUCGGUUACAUGGUCUUUAUGAUGUUUUAUAAGUGGGUAAAAUAUUCACCCACCUCCACCUAUGAGCCAGAUACACCCGGUUGUGCUCCCUCUGUGCUGAUUAUGUUCAUUAAUAUGAUGCUGUUUAAGAGUAGUCCUACCUUGCCAGGUUGUGAUGAGUUCAUGUUUGCCAAUCAAUCCAAAAUCGAAAUGGCUUUCGUAAUUGUGGCAGUGAUUUGUAUUCCCUGGAUGUUGAUUGGUAAACCUUUGUACAUUAAGUACACUAGGAAACAUAAACCAGUGCAUCCUGAGGAUUUCACUUCCACCGAUACUUUGGAAAUGGUAGAAGGUGAUACCGCUGUGGUGGUGGAAGUUAUAGAAACUUCCAAUAAAGAUGCAGAUGCUGGUCAUAAUCAUGACGACGAACCCAUGAGUGAAAUAUGGAUUCAUCAAGCUAUUCAUACCAUUGAAUAUGUGCUCAGUACCAUUUCUCAUACGGCCUCCUAUUUGCGUUUGUGGGCCUUGUCUUUAGCUCAUGCUCAAUUAUCUGAAGUUUUAUGGACUAUGGUUUUGUCGUUGGGUCUGCAGCUUAAAGGUUAUACUGGCUCCAUAGGUCUCUUCUUUAUUUUUGCCAUUUGGGUUUUCUUUACUCUCGCCAUUAUGGUCAUGAUGGAGGGUUUGUCUGCCUUUUUGCAUACUUUACGUUUGCAUUGGGUCGAAUUCAUGAGCAAAUUUUAUGAAGGCGCUGGUUAUAUUUUCCAACCUUUCAGUUUCAAGGCCAUUUUAGAGGCUGAAGAUGAUGAUUAAGCAGUUAAAAUUAAUUGUUAAAUAAAGUUAAAUAUUUGAGAAA